AUGCCAGAAUCUGUGAGCGACCGUUUGCGCGUUGUCUUUGCCCGCGUGGCCACCGAGACCAACCUGCCUCCCGAUGAAUUCGAGGAGGCAUUCUUCAAUUUCCGCGCCAACAUCGUCGCAGAUGGGCUCAAGCGAGCUCAGGAAUCGGUUCGGUCGGCGGGGCUGGCGGAGAAGGGGUGGACGGAGCAAGGGGCGGGCGGAGGAGAGGCGAGCGGCGGGACUGGUGUGGCGGUGGGGGUGGAUACGAAGGAUCUGGCUGCGGCGGCGUUAGAAAAGGCGAAGAGGGAGGUGGAGGAGAUGCGCGUGGAGAUGGAGAGGCUGAAGAUGUGGUUGGAGAAUGCGAAGGAGCUGCGGGAUUUGGAGAAGGAGUAA